CAGAGCCAGGGUGAAAUCCGGCGUGAAGAUCUUGGACGCGUCGUCGAGUAACCCUGAAUGGAUCGUCGACAGCAAGAUCAACGCGAAGAACACGAUCGCUACGUUCACCGCCAGGCGAAAGGAGAACGCAUCGCGAUUACCAAGCGUAUCGGCGGAGGAGAUUCUAACGAUGCUUCUGGAGGCGAGCGAGGAGGGGGUGGAGGGGAAUUGGGAUGGUGGUCGAAUCGUCUGGAGCGUACGUUACGCUUUCGACAACGACUCUCAGCUAAAUGGGAUGGAUCAGCAGAGAUUGCAGCAGAGACAGAUGCAGCAUCAUCAUCAUCAUCACGCCGAAAGGCGAAAGCUACAGGUCCGCCUCGAAAUACAGAAAGACGACAUACAAGCUGUGUUGCCCAUAUCCAAGAACUGGGAGGUGAUGAACACCGCGGUGUUGACGGGUCGUCAAGUGUCCCAGGGGAUGAAGGUGUUUAUCGUGAGCCAGGCUGGAACUGUGGCCGACGUUACGUUGCAGUCCUCCUGUCACUCGGAGGACGAGAGCGUGCUCAAGGUGUCGUCCUCGUGUAGCAGCGUGUACGUGGAUGGCACGGAGAUACGGGGCUCCAGCAAUGCGUCAGUUCUCGUUAAGUACGGCACUUACACCGGGCUGGCUAAAUUCACCGUUUGGAUGCCGGAAUUCCCUCUGGAGAUGACCGUGGCGGACACCAGAUUGAGUCAGAUUAAAGGCUGGAAGGUUCCCGAGGAGCACGCCGUAGGCACGAAGAGCAAACGCAGCUUGAACGCCACGAACUCGCGGCAGAACGACUCGAGGACCAGCAAGAGGAGCGCCACCGAAUUGGAGGACACCUCGAUGGACAUCGAGGACACGGACGUGAUCCUCGAAGAGGACGAACAAGAGGAAAGGUUCCGAGGGAACGAUAAUGGAUGGGACGCGAUUAAUUCCAUAGACAGAGGGCCCUCUACCAACUGCAGACUCCGAUUCCAACAGAGCCCGAUCGAAGUACACGCGAGAUUUUUGGCCACCGAUCACGAUUCCGGGAGGGUGUCCUAUUUCGUGAACCGUCGUACUUGGUUGCGCGUGACCGAUCUGGUGAACGGAAUGCUUCGCGUGUCCGACCCGAGAAUCGCUGACUUGCUCCAAGGCAGGAUUGUUCAAGGUCGCGGAGUAGGUAGAACGGAAGUGCAGGUUCUUUCGCCGAUUACGAGCAAAGUAAUCGGCGCGAAGGAGGUGCGAGUGGUUAACGAUCGAGUGGCGGUCACCAGGCUGUCGGUUAGAGUGGUGUCUGGUUUACAGCUCACUAUCAGUCCGGACACUGCUAUAGAGAACGGAUAUGUCGCAGAGACGUCGGUCACGAGGAAACUCACUGCUCAAUAUCAGGAGGGCUUGCUAGACAUAGACGUGGAAUUUUCGGACGGUAUGAGGACACCGCUGCGAGAAAUCGCCGUGAACGACUACCAUUUGUUAGUGGAGAGCCUGGACCCGGAAGUGGUGGCGUUUGCGCCGAUGGUCGCCUCUCAUCAUCCUCGGGUGAUCGCGGUCGGCGAGGGACGGGGCGAUUUGUUACGAGUCAGCCUUCAAUUGGCUGACGCUUGUCGCCUAACCGGCAGGAGGUCUGGCAAAGGAUCGCAAAGAACGACCGCGGCAGCCCUGGCCAGCGCUUCCGCCAACGUCGAGGUGGACUUUGCCUCGAGCGAUCUUCCAAAUCGACCGGAGUUCGUGCAGAACGACGGGGGCGGUACGGUCGGUUCUCAUCAUCACAGGGAAAGGAAGACCAGCAGGGGAGAAAUAUCGCCCGACUUGCGUGAUAUUCUCAUCGGGCUACCGCUGAAAGACGAGAACGGGCACGAGCACGAGCACAAGCACGAGCACGAACCUUUGGUGCAGGCACGGCAGCACCGCACGGCUAUAGCUAAUGGCAUGUCUUCAGGAGGAAUGGGCGGCGUCGGGAUACGGCAUCACGGUGGAGCGCGUAUGAGCCCGCUCGAGAUCGGCAUGUACGUCCUUCUGGCGGCCUUCUGUUUCGCCAUCGUCGUCUUCGUCGUCUCCUGCGUGGUGUACGCGAGCAAGUUCAAGCCACAGCCGCCUGAUUCGCCGUUAGCCGGGUCGGCGCUUCCGGUGCUGUCGGGUGCAGCCAGGGCCAGAGCAGCAGCCAACCAGCUUGCAUCGGGCAGGAGACCUCCCAGAGAGUCUACCACCAACGCGCACGACUGGGUCUGGCUGGGCAGAGCCACCCUCGAGAGAGCCGCUUGCGGACCGCAACAGGUAAGAGUGACUAGCAACCCUCUGGCUGGCGAGAACGAGGGAGAAGCAGCCGAACUGGCAACUUGCUUCGACAAUCCGAACCAUAUCGAGCUACCAUCGGCUGGGCAACGUAGCAAUGGAUCCGGGCCAAUAGAUACGACGACUUAUUGCAAGAGAGACAAGCUUCCGCGGAACAGUUUCGCGACCAAGCUGGUAUCGAAACCAUCGACCAUGGUGUCGGCAACUACAAUCGCUACUCCAGCAUCCAUGGCUACGUCCACCGUUCCUUCUACGCGAAACGACAACGACGAUAUCCCGCCACCCUUACCACCGCACGGAAUCCCCGUGAGCUCGGCGAUGGCUUCGGCUGCUGCAGCUGCCGCGACGGCCAACAACAACGGCAACGAGGACUACAAACCGCCGGUGCCGCCUCACAGGAACACGGGGGUGAUCGUACGACUGCCGGAAACACCGAGGAAACAUCGUCACAGGGCCUCGAGCGGCAGCGCCGGCGGCCACCACGGGAACAACCAACGUCACAACAAGCAGAUUCACCAUAUCAAACCGCACGGUAAAGCUAGAGUAGGUAGUCCGAAAGAAAACGACGCGGAGGAAGAGGAGUUCGUGGAGCUAGUGAAUCACGAUGACAACAGGCAUUCGAAGGACGGGAGAGCCAGAGAGGUGAAGAGGGCGACGAUCGUCGGUAAUCCAAUGUUCUCGUCGUUCUCAACGAACGCGGUCGCCUCGUCGAUGAACGUGUCCAGCCCGACCGUGGCCUCAUCGUCCUCGUCACCGCCUAACUCGUCGCCGUCCUCCUCCGCCUCGUCCUCGUCAACGUCGUCCGCGUCCUCCUCCUCCUCGUCCUCGUCAACGUCGUCCGCGUCCUCGUCCCACGAGCAAGAGGAAUCGGUGGCGCUGGACGAUCUGAACCUGGGCAUGGACUACAACCAGAUCAUGCAGUACUUCGACAACCUGAAGGAGUCGAACGCCUAG